CGUCUCGCCCCGCCCCGAGUACGCCCGCCAAUCAGCGUCGCCGCCGCUGACCAAUGGCAACGCGGUUCGCCCCGCAGGCUCCACCCCUCCCGCGCAGGCGCGUUGCAGGCGGGGAGGAAAGCGCAUGCGCACCGCGCUCCUCCGCUCGCCCCCCUACCGGCGGCGUUUAAAGGGGCAGCGCCGCUACCGGACGCCUGGGUCCCUCCCCCCCACCCCCCCCCGGACGCCUCUGUCCGUCCUCCGGUCCCGGCCGCCACCGGAGCGAGACGAUUGGCCGAGGCAGAAAUGGAAGGAGGAGAUUCAGCCAAUGAGGAGGCAGUGCUGCGGGAAGCAGCCAAUGGGGCCGCUGCAGAGGAGCCGGCGAAUGGGCAGCAAGCGCCCGGAGGUUCAUCCAAUGAGGAGGGAGGGAGCGCAGCACCGGCCAAUGAAGAGCUUGGGGGAGCCUGCGCAGCGGGGAAGUCGGCCAAUGGGAUCACACCGCUGCAAGGCUCAGCCAAUGAGGGAAGUGGGAGCCCCGUCUCGGCCAAUGAGCAGCUAGACAGGCGUCAAGCUGCCGGGGACUCAGCCAAUGAGGACAGCAGAGGCCUGCGGGGCCCGGCCGAUAACGGCAGCGGGCACCAAGACCCGACCAAUGAGAUUGCGGGAUGCCAGGGCCCGGCCAAUGAGGCUGCCCGUCUUCAGGUCGCAGCCAAUGAGAAGCCGCGUGACCCGACCUCCGCCGCCAAUGAGGUCCCGCCCAACGAGGCCGCGACGCCCAAUAAGGAUACAGUACCCCGAGCCCCAACCAACGAGAGACGCGACCGUCCCGUCGCUCUCCCGGCCCCGUCCAAUGGGACGGCGGAUCCUUGGGAUUGGGCGCGCGAGGAGGCGUGGCUUCGGGCGCCGGAGGGCGGGGCCCAGGAGGAGGAGGGGGGAGGGGAUGAGGAGGAGGAGGAGGAGGAGGGGGAGGGGGAGGAAGAGGAGGGGGGGGACCCCUGGGCGGGGGCGGGGGGCUGGUGGCUGAGCCCCGACGGCGCUUUCGCCAAACGGGUGCUGCGGGGCGGGCGGGGGUUGGGACGGCCGGGUCCCGGUUCCCGUUGUCGCGUCCGGUUGGACCCCCCCGGGGCGGGGGAAACGUUACCGGCGGGGGCCGGGGGAGGACGAUGGCGGACGCUGCGGUUGGGAAACGGCGAAGGGCGUUGGGCCGCGGCGUUGGACGCGUGCCUGGAGACCAUGGCGGAAGGAGAACGCGCCCAGUUGAAACCGGCGGGGGCGAACGUCGCGGUCGGGGUACGGUUAGGACCGUUCUCCCCGGCUCCCCGGUUUUGGGAAGAACCGCCGGCGGAAAGAUGGCGGGAAGUCGCGGCUGGGCGCGAUCGCGCGGCGGCGUUGGCGGCGACUGGGGAAACGGCGACGGCGGCCGGGGUUUACGUCAAAGCUUUACGGACGGCGGUGGCGGCGGGGGGGAUCCCGCCGUUACCCCCGGCUUUGGCGCAAACCAAAGCGGAGCUGCACGCCGGGCUGGCCCUGUGCCAGCUGCGGUUAGGUUUACCCGCCGCCGCCGCCGCUAACGCCGGCAAAGCUUUAAUUCUCCGACCCGGUUAUUUAGAAGCUCGUUUUCGACGAGCGUUGGCGGCGGCGGCCAUGAGCGAUUUGGACGCGGCCGUUGCCGAUCUGACGUUGGUUUUACGGGAGGAACCGGGACACGCCGGGGCGAGGAGGGAACUGCGGAGGGUGAGGGGGGCCGCUCGCGAGAGGGACGCCCGGUUGGCGCGGCGGCUCGGCCGGCUUUUCGCCUGAUAGGUGGGGGGGGGGGGGGAGAGUGUCGUCCGUCCGUCUGUCCCCCAGCCCCUCCCAGCUUCGUAAUAAAAAAGGCUUG